AUGGCAGACCAACCCAAAGACAACAAAGAUUUCUGGACGACACAGGAGAAACUCCAACUACGAGACUAUCUCACCGUCCUCCACAGCUCGUUGAGGAUAGCUGGUCCUCCGCCAGUGGUAUUCGAAGACACGCCCAUCGCACCGUCGACGUCGACCGGCCCCAAGGAGAUGGGAAGGGGGCUUUUGUGCACAAACGACGUGUACAAGGAUAACGUGGCGGUACGUUUUCGGAACCACAUCAACGCGCGGCAUGAUUGGGAUGCGGUGCUGGAGCCGAUGAUGGAUAUUGACACGGGGGAUGUUAUUGUUGGGUUUCCGCGGACGUUGAGAGCCGUUGAUGAACUGGAGUAUGAUGAUGGGGUGAGGAUAUUGAAGGCGCUGGGGGAGACGGAAUUUGGAGAGGAUGAGGAUAAGGAGUCGAUUAUGUAUCGUGUUAGGCGAUGGGCUGCGAUUGGACCGGUGAUGGAUGGGGGGAAGGGGAAGGGGAAAGCGGAGGGUGAAGCGGAUGCGUGA